GCAUACUUCUACAAUUACAUAACUGUAUUUUUCAUUAUUUUUUUCUCCUUACAGGGAUGUGUUGUCAUGUGAUGAGCUUAUCUCAGGAUUAAAUAGUUUUAUCUAGGAAUAAUCAGACUUACGGAUUGCCACUUUUUUUUGUUGUUUUCUGUUUCGGUAAAAUGUCGUCGAUGCUGUAGACUGUGGUCAAUGUUGAUUUUCAAUAUGUGUUUAUUAAGAACUGGACCUCAAAUAGGGAACAGCCAUGAAGGAAUGUGAAAUACGCAGCUGUGUUUGUGAUAAUGCAGUUCCAAGAAGCAAUGCCAUCAUGGCCAGUCAAGUGCAUGCAAAUCCUGUGUAUGUUAAAUGGUUUUUGGAUGCUAUUAGAAAAAUUAAACAUCAAAAACAAAGACCAUCACUUGACAGAAUAUGCAAUGCAGUACGUCAGUGUCAUAAAGUUACCAAGGAUUUACUUGUGGAGCAGCUUGAAUUGGCUGUAUCUGAUGGUGCAAUCCUUAAGGUUUUCAACAAGGGAAUGUGUUCCUACAAAGACCCCACUCGGAUGUCCGAGCUGAAAAGCCGCACUGUUAAAGUGACAAGGAAUACAGAUGUGUUCAAGUUGUUUCAGAAAGCUGUAAGAGAGCUUGGUGAAUCCGGUGGAUCUACUUUGCGUUCAAUAGAAAAAUAUAUAAAACAAACCCACAAUCUUCAGAUAGCAUCAGGUGUAGACUUCACUAAACAACUCCAAAUAGCUGCCAAGAAAGCUAUUGCCAGUGGUCAUUUAAUUCAGGAUGGUCGCUGGUAUAGGUGCAAUAAAAAAGGUGCAAAUUUUAUUGGAGAAAAUUCAGAAAAUGGGCAGAAAUGUAAAACAGAAUCUAAUAACACACAGUCCUGUAGUGGAAAUAGAGCAACUUCUAAUUUUUUGCAUCAUAAGAAGGUUUCCCAAAUUCCGAUAUGUAGUUUUUGUCAAGGUACUGCUAGUAGCAAUAGAAAUGGAGUUUCUGAAGAACUGUUAUCUUGUGUUGAUUGUGGCAACAGUGGCCAUCCUUCCUGUUUAAAAUAUUCAGCUGAGCUGACAGCUCAGAUACAGAAUACAAGGUGGCAAUGUAUUGAAUGCAAAACUUGCACAUUUUGUCACAGAAGGGAUCAAGCUGAAAACUUGUUGUUCUGUGAUGCCUGUGAUCAAGGGUUUCAUAUGGGUUGCUUAAAGCCACCUUUGACUAAAAUGCCAAAAGGUUAUUGGAGUUGUAAGUCUUGUGUGAAAAGAAAUAGAUUAAAAAAGAAACGGUCAAAAUAUGUCCAUGAAAUGGCAGUCAGUGUGAAGCAACGCUACAAAAAACGCAGCAAUAGCAAACUAAAUUUAGGAACAUCCUCAUGUAAAGGAUUACAUCCUCUCUCUAUCUGUGAUCAAACUCAUAGUGAUUUCAAAAAUUCCACACACCAAAGACCAUCUGGUUCCCGAAUUUCACAGAAGCAAGUUAGUGGUGAUAAAAGAAAAUCAGAAGAAGAACAAAUAUCAUCAAAUGUUCCUUGUAAUGGUACUACACCAUUUUCUUCAUCUUCUCAAUCUUCCACUGAUGAUGGAAUAAAACUUUCUGAUAGUAAAGAUUCCAUAAAUGAUGUAUCCAAUAAUGAAAUGCCAAACCAAAUAUCAGUAAUAUUAAAUAAUUCAUCACUUCCUUGUAAACCAAAGGGUCUAAUUGAUGGCCUCAGUAAAUUUUUCACUCCAUCAAACAAAAGAAAGAGUAGAGUUGUUAGCACUGAUGAACCAUCAACUUCAGUGGCCAGUAUCAAUCAUCAACAAUCUAUCCAAAAACCCGAAGAUCAAACAUUAAGGCGAAAAAAUGGACAAUUGUUACCAGAAAAAGAUAUUGCAAAUAUCAAAAUCUCUACAACUAACAAUAAAUCUCAAGAACUGUGCCAAUUAUCCAUAUCUUCAUCUUGUGGAUUAAAUAAUCAGUCAUUAUUAAGGCUUAGUCCACCUUCUUUCAUAUCAUCAAUGUCAUCGUCAAGUACUUCUUCUUCUUCAUCAGCGUCUACGUCAUUAUCAGAAACUUCAUUGAAACAUGGAGGUAGUGGACAGUUAAAGAGUCUUUUCGAUGGACUUUCUCAUCUUUAUACUACACCUAGUGAUUCUCGAAAACGUGAUAAAACGACUGCACCCAAUUAUGCUCCUCCAAAACGGUUGCGGAAAGCUCUGUCCACGGACAGUGUUAGUGAUAUAGUUACAGUGUCAUCUGGUCUUUCUCAAGGAGCCAAAAAAGGCAUACCUCAAACAACAAUGGUACAGCCUUUGACUGAAAAGACAAAAUCCAUGACAUCAGGAAAUCCUCCCAAAGAAGAAAAUACAAUUAACACCACACAACUUAAUGUUCAUCCUUCCUCACAGUUUUCUGCUACACCAACAUCAUCUCAAGGACCACAAAAGAAAUCUUCUUCACCUAUUCAGGCAGCUUCAAAUCUAAGUCCAUUACACUCAUCAUCAAAUCAUUUGCCAGCUGUGUCAAAUGCAAAUACUGAUUCUGCUUUGUCAAAUCCUUCAAUGGAUACAUCCUACAAAAAGAUGAAAAAAUGUUAUAGAUUUUAUGAUGAUUUAUUCUCUCUUCCACCAAAACAACAAUUACGGGGAGUGAGUGAAAAAGAUAUUUUAUUAUUUAGAAAGGCUCAGGAAGCUGCUAUGAAAGUAAUUGGACAAAAUAUAUUGCCAACAGAUGUUCAAACAAGACAUCCAACUGUGAUUGAAUUUGGAAAAUAUGAAAUUCAGACGUGGUAUUCGUCUCCUUAUCCUCAGGAAUAUUCUAGGUUUGUUGAGAGAUUUUAAUAUUUAAACAGUUUAAUUUAUAAUACUUUAAAAAUGAAAAUGCAACAUGUUUAUUCAAAUUUCAAAACAAAAACAAAUGAAUAAUUUAAUAGAUUGACAAUUUAAAUAUUUUAAAUCUCAAAACACCAAGAGUUUCUUUUGAAUUUAAAUGGCAUAAAUUUUAAUAGACCAGAAUAUUGUAUAUCCAAGCUAUCUAAAUCCCCAACUUGUACUGGAAUAAAAUAAUAAUUCUGAGAAUGUAGAAUUCUCUAUUGAGUAUAACUCACUUUUCACUCACUUGGUUUUCUUUAAUAAAAUAGAAUGAAAUC